GACUUCAACCAGGAUGUAUGAGACAAGACUGGAUACUAAUGUACAUUUUCCAGUGAAACAGGAUGGCCCACCUUUGACCUGGGAAUCGUUUAGAUCUGGUUUCCCUAUGGUACUCUAUCAGAAUAAAGAAAAUGAAUUGCUAAAUGUAAAUGAAUCUCAAGGUGCAGAAAGAAGAGUGUACCAGAUUUCAUCUUCAUCAAAAGACCCGUUUCAUUACACAUCCCAAAAAAAUGAAACUGGAUUUUUGACAAUUGCACCAAAGCAAUCAGAUGCUUUGAGAAGCAUUAUACCAGCCAAUGUUAUGCCAAGCAUCACACCACAAACAUUAGAGACUCCAACCAAGAUGUAUCAGACAAGACUGGAUACUAAUGUACAUUUUCCAAAGAAACAAGAUUGUCUACCUUUGAACUGGGGAUCAUUCCCAUCUGGUUUCCCUAUGAUGGAUUAUGGACCAAUAUAUACUUGUAAUAAUAAUAAUACGAUAUUUCAACCACAAUCAGAUUUACAAGAGGACAAGCAACUUGUUAUUACAGGCAAACAAACUUCACGGUGGGAUCUUAAAUCAAAGAAACCAUGUAACUGUACCAAGUCAAAGUGUCUAAAACUCUAUUGUGAUUGCUUUGCAAAUAGUGAAUUCUGCAACAACUGCAACUGUAACAAGUGCUGCAACAAUUUAGACAAUAAAGAGAAAUGCUUUAAAGCUAUAAGGGCUAAAAUAAUGUGUUCCUCUAACUGUAAAUGCAUUCGCUGUAAAAAUGUUGAAGAAUGCCCAGACCGUAAAACUCCUAGGAGCAUACAGAAACAACAAGAUGCAGAACGUUUUUACUCAGUUUUUACUUCCCCGGACGUAGUGAGAGCUGCAGCUACAUGUUUACUAGCACAAGCGGAGAAAGUAGAAGAAGAAAAUCAGUCAGUUGGCAUAGCAGAGAAAAUGAUAAUUGAAGAAUUUGGCAAUUGUUUAUCACAGAUGUUGCAAACAGAUAUCCAGAGAUACCAGUGAAUUAAAUAAAUGCCCCAUUUUCUG